CCGCGGCGUCAGCAGCAGGAGAGGCGGGCAGGAGCAGGCAUGGAGGGUGGAGGGCAGCAGCCGAGGCCCCCGGACCAGCCCCCCCGGGAACACCUCCAGCUCCUGCUGCACCGCAGCCGGGAAGCCAAAAACUGCGCCUAUUGCCCCUACAGCCGCUUCCCGGUGGGCGCCGCUCUCCUGACUGCUGGUGGGGAGAUCUUCUCCGGGUGCAACGUGGAGAACGCCUGCUACAACCUGGGGGUGUGUGCCGAGCGUACUGCCAUCCAGAAAGCCAUCUCCGAAGGACACACCAGCUUCAGGGCUAUGGCCAUCGCCAGUGACAUGGGGGACUUCAUCACACCCUGUGGAGCUUGCAGACAAGUGAUGAGAGAGUUUGGCACUGACUGGGACAUCUAUCUGACCAAAGCUGAUGGCACCUACAUUGUCAAGAGGCUGGAGGAGCUUUUGCCAUUCUCCUUUGGCCCUGAGGACCUCAAAAAGAUGUGAACAACGUGGCCACCACCAUCCUGGGACCUUUAGCAGCAGGGGAGGACAGUUUUCUCCAAUUUCUCUGGCGAGUAAGAAGAUUUUUUGGGGGACAACUGCAAUGGGAAAUGUGUUUGUAGUUUGUUAAGCAACCCAUUCCUCUCAUCUUCUGAUUCAGUGCUGGUUCCUUGGCUCACUCUUGGGACAUAGUGAAAGUAAGUAAUGGAAAUUCUGUUAUUAGAAAAAAAAUUAUCCUGGCUGUUGCUGUCAUGGAGGGGAUGUUUACAGGUAGAGAAGGAACUGAUACACAGCUCCAACUUGUUGGUACAGAAAGCACUUCUUGAAGCAGGCAAAAUCAUUGCUUGGGAAAAGGUUGAAUUCUUCAGCUGGAAAUGGGAAGGGAAAAGGACAAUCUCCAUCCACUCUGGCAGUAAUUAAUCAACCAGCUCAGGCUGGCUGAUUUGCUGGACCUGGGCAGUAACCACACUGAGCUGUACUUUGCUCAUUUCUCUCUGGCUUGUUUUUGCUUUUAUUCCAUUUGUGUGGAGGAAGAUGGAUGAAAGGAGCUUUGGGGUCUUCUGGAGGGUUUUUCUGUCCCCAGAGCCAUGCCCUUUGCUUGUUUGUACUAUUAAUUUAAUUAUGCACAAUGAAAAAAAAAAAAGUGUUAGC